ACACUGGCACCGUCGCCUCACCCCGGCCUGGCAAGAUGGCUACUCUUGGGAGGACAGGUGUCGGAUGGCUCUCACAAAAUCUUUAUCGAAUUAAGCUUUCUCGGUCCUCUAACUUAAACUAUGUGUAUGCUGCAUUCUUCCACAAUACUUCUGCUUUUAAUGCACAGGGAUUGCCCAUUAAAAUGCCUUCACUUUCCCCUACCAUGAUGGAGGGAACCAUAAUCAAAUGGCUGAAGAAAGAAGGUGAUCCUAUUCAACCAGGAGAUGUUUUAUGUGACAUUCAAACUGAUAAAGCUGUUGUUUCCAUGGAUACUGAGGAUGAAGGCACCCUAGCCAAAAUUUUGGUUCCAGAAGACACAAAAGAUGUGAAAGUUGGCACCUUGAUAGCAGUAAUGGCAGCUGAAGGGGAAGAUUGGAAAACCAUAGAAAUCCCUGCAAUGGAUGAUGACUCCAUUUCAGUGGCUAGUGCACCAUCAGUCACAGAUACACCCACAGUUAUUCCUGUUGCGGAUCAUGGCAAUUAUGGGCCUUCAGUUCGCCUUUUGCUGGAGCGGUAUGGACUCUCAGCUGAUCAAGUACCUGCUGGAGGUCCACAUGGUAGACUUCUGAAAGGGGAUGUUUUACAAGCUAUCAAAGAAAAAAAUCUACAGUUAAAACCAUUACCAGCAGUUCCUCCACCUGAGACUCCAAAGCCUGCUGCUGCAACUCCUGCACCACCACGUGCUCCUAUCUCACCACCAAUCAUUGGUGUAUCUGAAGAUGGCUAUGAUGAUAUAGAGGUAACCAACAUGAGGAAAACUAUUGCCAAAAGACUAACACAGUCAAAGAGUGGUAUUGCUCAUUCUUAUGGUACUCUGGAGUGUUGUUUACACAACCUUUUAGGAUUGAGGAAGCAAUUUAAGAAGGAAGGCAUGAAUAUCAGUGUUAAUGACUUUAUCAUCAAGGCUGUUGCUGUUGCAUUAACCAGAUGUCCGGAGAUGAACUGCACAUGGCAGGGAAACCAGCUUGUAAUUGCCAACCAGGCAGAUAUCAGUAUAGCAGUAGCAACUCCCCUUGGACUUAUUACACCAAUAGUUCAUGGAGCAGACACAUUGGGGAUUGAAGAUAUUGCUACAAAAGUACGUGAUCUUGCUGCCCGAGCUCGAGAAAACAAACUGAAAUUAGACGAGUUCCAAGGUGGAACAUUUACGAUCUCAAAUCUGGGGAUGCUUGGAAUCCGUGAAUUCAGUGCUAUCAUCAACCCCCCUCAGUGUGGCAUCUUGGCAGUUGGUGGAAGUAGACUGUCAGUUGAUGAAUCUGGCUCACCUGUGACAUAUAUGAGUGCUACUCUUUCUUAUGACCGUGCUGGUAUUGAUGAUAACAUAGCAGCUAUCUUUUUGGAUACACUGAAGCAACUUUUGGAGGAUCCUACCACCAUGAUACUUGGGACAAACACUUCAGUUAAUCAUCCCCUGGCGGCACUGUUAUAAAUGUUUUUAAUUACUUUUCUGUUGGUACAUUCAGGAAAUAUAUUUCUCAUUAAAAAAAACUAUCUGCGAUAUACUUUACUAUACAGUCUCAAUGAAGAUUCUUCGAACACUGAUGGAGACAGCUGGCAAUUCGAGGCCGUUUGUUUACUAUAGUACGUAGUAAAAAUUAUGAAUACAGUAAAAGUGAUCAGUGAUUGGUUA